AUGGAACAAAACCCCAAAGCUUUGUCCUUAGCAGCAAGGCUAGUCGCCCCAAACACUCGCUCCACUAGCAAACGCCACGAGGAGGAGGAAGACGACGACGAUGCCAUCUUCGACGAACUCGAGGCUGAAAUCGAGAACGACUCCAAUCCAGCGAUACGGGAGCAGGGCUUGGCUCUAUUGAAGCUGGAGUUGGAGAGGAAAAAGGAGAUGCAACAGAGUCGACACGGCGAGUAUACGGAGAUCACAGACGAGAAGGAAGUCAUUCGAGCGAGUGCGAAGGAGCAACGAUGCGUAAUCCACUUCUAUCAUAGCAAUUUCAAGCGUUGCGAAAUUAUGGACAAGCACCUUGCAAAACUCGCCCCGAAGUACUAUGGGACGCGAUUUAUGCGCGUAUUCGUUGAGAACGUUCCUUGGCUUGUGGAGAAGCUGGCUAUCAAGGUCCUGCCGUGCGUAAUAUGCUUCAUGGAUGGUGUCACCAAAGAUAGGUUGGUCGGCUUUGAAGAGCUCGGGAACAAUGAUAGCUUCGAUACAGCGCAACUAGAAUGGAGACUUUCACGCGCUGGUGUGAUACAAAAAGCGCCAACGAAUCAGAUAGAUCAGCUUUACAAGGUUUCGUCCACUUCACGAACGAAACAGGAUCAUGAAGAUGUCUUCGAUAUCGACGAUUAA